GAAGGUUCACGGCUACGAAAUUACGGGCCAGAAACCUAAUAACCCUCAUCCUGAAGCUCUCAUUGAGCUUUUGGCGACAGUAUCGGUUUCAGAACUAAAUGGCCAUUUCGACCGAAUCUUUAA